AUGCCGGUUCAGGAACCAGUCGACAUGUCGGCCGCUUGGCUCGCUCAUGCACCACCACCUCCUCCCAACACUACCCUUCGCAAACCUCGCAGGAGCUCGUCAUACGAACCCUUGUCAGCGCAAAUGAACGAAACCCAUACGCGAGGUGGUUACCUCCCACCUAGUUCUCACUCUCCUGAGCCCUCGCUACCACGCAGGACAUCGGUUGGCGAGCUCAAGGAUGCCUCUUCCUCCACUCCUUCUUCUCCUAUCAAGAGAGCGCGCUCCAAGGUCACUUCGAACCCGCCAGCUCCGAGUGCUUUCUAUAAUUAUCAGCAUCAGCUUCAGCAGCAGCAACAACAACAGCAACAGCUCUAUCGUCAGCAUCAGCAGACAGCCCCUGUCUCUCCACAACCGCCUUGUGCCCAAAUACAGGAUGCUAUGUAUGCACAGCAGCAGCAGCCAGCACAACCCUCUUCGGUCACAAUGGCAUAUAGUCACUCAGACUCGACUUCGAAUCCAGCCUAUUCAGGCUAUACAAGAGAGCGAAGAGACAGUGCUCCUGUGAUCUCAUAUCAGACGGCACAGCAACCAGCCCCUAUGAAUUACAAUGCUCAGCCACCGCACUCGUCUCCGUUCGCUCCAGCAGCAGGAAUGCCUGUUUACUCUACAACCCAGGCACCGGUCAGUUAUGCUCAUUCGCACGUCAUCCCAGCUUCCCAUCUUCAGUACCUUGCCUCGCACCAGAACGGUGUGCCACAGCCGCAAUACCUCGCUAUGUCACCACAACAACAGCAGCCAUGGGCGCCAGCACCGCAAAGCCAACCUCUGCCACCUCAGGCAGCACCCAACACGGCCUACUAUCCCAAUGUCGCCCGUGUUCCAGCAGCGCAAAUGCAGCAGCCAUGGGAUCAACCUGGCUACGUGAUGUCACCAGCACAGCCAGCUGCUGUCAAUUACGCUACUUUGCCCGGCGCAGCUGCUCCUCCAAUGCCAUCCAAUGGGCACGCCUUGCCUUCGGUGCAGCUAGCUUCUCCCCCGAUGCCGGCAUCCAACGGUGUGCCGCCGUCUCACCCAGCCUAUGUCGCCGACCACAGCAGGCAGUCCACCUCUUCCUCCGUCGGCUCCAUUCGAAGACCCUUGCCUCAGCCCACACGUACCUCGUCCAACCCUUCCGCACCAGGAUCUCCCGUUGUCGGCCCAACGAGUCUCACGGAUCGCCCAAGUGUCCGACGCAAUCUUCCACGUCCACCCUCCGGAUCAGCCGUUACCAUCUCAGCUGCCUCUAGCCUGGCCAAAUCGGACGCUGGCAGUCCAGGCUCUCCUCUUGCAGGUACCAUUUCUCGCCUUCCUGCCUCGGCGUUGAAUCGAACGGAGAGCGUCAGGCUUGCAGCUGAAGCAUUGAUGGCGAGAGGUGCUCCUCAGCGGCGUCCACUCAGAAGCGCACUUGCUAGCACGACAUUUUCGCCUCCGAUGCCUGCCACCAGGUUGGCGGGUGAGAUGUCGGCUAGUCAGAGCGAGCCUGUUGCAACUGGGAAUGGAUUUCCUGUAGGAAUUGUGACACAAACGUCGAGCGAUGCAGCCACAGCGGCGAUGGGAAGCAGGCCCAGAUCUGCGCUCAACAGCUCGACUGAUUCCAAUUGGAGCACGAUGAGUACCGUCCCGAGUCAAAGCACCCAGCAAAGCCCGGAAGGAUCUACACCAUCAGCGCCCGCCCGAUUCCAGCCAUCUAUGUCGCCAGCAGCCCAAUCGAAUGGAUACGAACCAGCCAGGCAGGCUCAGACAGCACGCCGCAACGAGCCAGCCCGCUACGAAGACACAACACAGCUGGCCAGCUCUCUUGGGAGCAUGUCGGUUAGUCAGACUACAACCGCCGUUCAACCUUCGCCAGCAACUCAAUCGGGCGCUCCUGCGAUCCCCUCAUUCAGCAUCGACGCACCGGAAGAGGAACCAGAGAAGCCAAGACGUCGGCGUGGAAGUAGUGUCUCGCGAGCAGCGCUCGUCCCUGGUCAGAAGAUCAUUCAGCAAACAUCUUCGCCAAGUGUAGUACCAACGAUUGUCCUCCCGGGUGGUGAUGAUGACAAUGAUGGUCAUUCUGGACCCUCCAUCUCGAUCUCUGGUCCUGGCGGCGAUGAUGGAUCGUCAAGCAACGAACCCAUGAUCUCAGUCACAUCGGACGAAGACGACGACGUGCGCUCACAGACAAGUACCGGUAGUCGAGGUGCUUCGAUCUCAGUCUCGUUCUCCGUUGAACCCUCUGCCAAAUCCCAACGUGCAGGUACAAGUCACUCUCCCUCCGCCUCCCCGAAUGGCAAGACCGAGGCCGAAAACGGCCGCGUUUGCGCCUCAUCCGUUGGCAGUGGAGCUGGGUGUCACGGCUGUCGCAAGUGGAUUGCAGGAAAAGUGGUUCAUGCUCUCGGCACCACCUUCCACCCUGGCUGUUUCGUCUGUGCCCACUGCUCGGAAGGCCUCGAACACGUAGCAUUCUACCAACACGAAGGAUUACCCUAUUGCCACUUUGACUAUCACGAACUUUUCUCUAAACGAUGCUUCCACUGUCGUACACCCAUUGUUGACGAACGCUACAUUACCGUCCAAGAUGAAGAGCUUACCGGACAGGAUGGGGAGACGGCAGAGAGGUGUUAUCAUGAAUUGCACUUUUUCUGUGCCAACUGUGGAGAUCCAUUCCUUGACCCAAAAGCUGCUGGGUCUGUUGCGGGUUCAGAUCCAGGGUUGAUGACAGCAGAUGAGAAUGGCAAGGUAAAACAUGGUGGAAUGGAGUUUAUUGUUCAUAAAGGUUAUCCGUACUGUGAGGAUUGUCAUGUCAACUUGCACAAGCCGAGGUGUAAGGGGUGUAAGAAACCGAUCAUUUACGAUCUGAUUACUGCACUAGGGGGCAAGUGGCAUCCGGAAUGUUUUACUUGCGAGGAAUGUAGGAGGCCGUUUGAGGAUACGCAGUUUUUUGUCAAGGAUGGUAGACCGUAUGAUGAAGAAUGUUAUAAGGUCUUACUCAGGAAUAUGAUCUAA